GUACGAUCGGAAGGUAGGGCAGCAGGGAAGGGGAAAAUAGAACAAUUCCGUCGCCAUAAUAGCGACAGAGGAUCGCAAGGAGAUUGUGGUGGUUUCGGCAGCGUAAAUUCGUCGGUGAACGGCGACAGGGAGGGUGGAAGUGGUAUACUCUCCCUAAAUAAAGUGCCCCAGCAGCCUUCGCUCCGUAUAACGCGUUAACAAAAGCUCUUCGACCGUUUUUCCUCGUUCUGCUCUCUGACCUUCUAGCAUCGAAGGACACUCGAUAGAUCUCUCGUUUCGAGGAUCUUGACACUUUGAAACCGACGAACAUGGCUUAUUGAAGAAAAUGAAGGGUCUGCAGAGCGUAAUCGUUUCUCCAUACGGAGGAGAUAUAAUCUCUGUCGCAAACGUCGGCGUGGCCGUUAUCGUAGCAGCGCCUUGCUAUGGACAAAAAACCAAAAUACACUCAGUCCUCGGCCAAGGGGACGAGUCCUGGUGAUUCUAAAAAAAACCAAGAUGUCGUCAAUGGUAGCAGAAUCUUUCCAAAGACUUGCCGCAGACGAGAAUCAUCGGGGACAACAGGUGGCUAUAAUAAAAAUGAACAACAAUCUAAAAAAGCUAAUGCGCAGAAAACGAGAAGUUUUGAUAAGAGACCGAAACCUAAAGGACUAUAUCAUGGCGGUGCAAAGGAGGAUACCAAGGUAGAGGAAGAAGAAGUCGCUGAGCUCGGCUCGGUGAUGGUUCCAGGAAGUAAAAAGCAGAAUUUGAAUCAUCUGCUAAACUUUCACUAUGCGCCCCGAGACGUCACCACCAAUUCAGGAGGAUGGACGUAUACUAGAGGCGAUCCAACCGAGAACAAGCGUCGGUUACCCCUGAUUCAUCGCCACAAAUAUAACAAAGAACAAUUCUUACAGGCCAAUUGUCAAUUUGUGGUAAAGGACAAUGCCAAUUACAGUGCUCAUCUUGCCGAUCCUGACACCCUCGUUGAUUGGAAUCUCAUUGAGCAGAUUCGCAUGUACAGCUCUGGAAGAUUGUCCUGUCCAAUUUGCCUGUAUCCUCCAGUUGCUGGAAAAAUGACCCGUUGCGGUCACGUCUACUGCUGGCCGUGUAUUCUCCAUUAUCUGGCUCUUUCCGACAAGGCUUGGCGCAAAUGUCCGAUAUGUUACGAAUCCGUUCACAAAUCGGACUUGAAAUCGUUCGUCGAAGUGUCACAAAAUCAUUUGGGAGUUGGUGACGAAGUUAAGCUACGUCUGAUGCGUCGUGAACGUGGCUCUCUCAUAGCUGUACCCGUGUGCGAAACGGAAACCACCUUGCCAACCAAUUUUGCUUCAGUUGCUGAGGCGAAUUCCCGCGAAAUUUACUCGAAACUGUUGCUCGCCAGCGUCUCUGAUGUCAUGGAUAUUAUUGAGAGCGAACGUGUUCAAUUGAGACUCGAGCUUACCGAGGAUCCAAAGUCACCAGAAAAUUGUUUCGUUGAGCAAGCAUUGGCCGAUCUAGCAUCUCGAGAACAGCAAGUCUUUGGGGUUAUAAAGUCGACGAAAUCCGAUGAUGAAAAUCCCAAUGGAAACGAGCUGACAGUUGAAAAUCCAACCGAAACAAUUAACGACACUGCCGGAGAUUCGGGAAACACUGAUUCUGUCCAAGAUAGAACUCCUGAGUCGCUGGGACCUCAAGCUUUGUCAAAAUUCUUUUAUUUCUAUCAAGCCAUGGACGGACAACAUCUUUAUCUUCACGCUAUGAACAUCAAGAUGCUCGAGCUUCAGUAUGGAAAUUUAGAGAAUUGUCCUCGUACGAUUUGGGGUAAAAUAUUGGAAAAAGAAGUCGGUAGUUUCAGCGAAGAACUACGCCGUCGAAUGCGUUAUCUCCAUCAUUUGCCAUUGACUUGUACUUUUGAGAUCGCUGAGAUUGAGUUGGGUCCGCCUCUUAUAACCGACGAGGUUCGCGGCUACUUCGCCGAACAGGUUGGGAACCGCGAGAAACGACGUCGUAGACGCGAGAGGGACGAGAGAAAACGCGAGAAGAAGAUAAUAACGGAGGAAAAUAAACAGAUGGGCAAAUUUACAGCUCCCAAAGUUCACAUAGAGUCCCGAAAACACUUUCCCCAAUGGCAACCUGAUGAGUCUCAAUCGACUGGAAUAAGCGUACCGUCUCCAGCUGAAUCUGUGGCAACGUCGAGCGUGGCGAGCAGUCCUUCUCGCGGUAGUUACUUGGAAGAUAAAAAUCUGGUUAUUUCGAGUCACUUCGAUCUUUCUCAAGCCAGUUCCGUCGAUCAGCAACAUCAAUCGAUGGGUCCAUCGUUUGCUCAAAUGUUACAAAAUAAAGGAAUGCCUUUGAGUUCGAAAAACACGGUGACUUGGCCAUCGAUUAACCCACAGAUUGAUUCAUCAUUGAGCAAUCGAUCGAGCACGUCCACGGUCCUUGAAGACGACGAAGGUGCUUACGCCGCUGCCGCACCUUCUUACAAUCAGAGCUUUUGCCAUGAUUUAGCUCAGUCGUUGAGUGUCGCAGACUUUUUCCAAACUGGAAAAAAUCGUGCGGAGGUAAAUUCGUCGGGGAAGAAGAAGAAAAAAAGAUGCAAAACAACGGUUCUCUUCGCUAACAGCAUGUCUCGGGCGUCGUAAUCACACGUAGUUGAUUUUUCGGCGAAAAAACUUUUUAUUGAAGAUUCUGGUGUCGAUUUGAUCGUUAAUAGAUUUUUUCGAAUUCCUCCAAAUAUGUAGUUUCCACGCAACAAAAAUAUUAACGCCUGAAAAUUUAUUUAAAAAGACAAAACGCAGAAUGAUGCCGCUUUUCAAGCUGCUCUAUAUUUCUCCACUUCCAAACUUCCAACUCUUGACUCGCCCCCCCCCCCCCCCCCCCCUUCUGUGGCCUGAUUAUCGAUUGUAAUAAAAAUUUUAUUAAUUCGUUGUGUUACCAGAGGUUUCGGUAUAAUUUAGUAAUAAAACAUCUUUGGCUCUUAUUAUGUAAUAACGACGUGAUGAAAAAUGGUUCGAACGCAAUAAAAACAUGUUUUGAUUGAUGCAAAGAA